AUGACGACUCCCGCCCUCCGAGCAGCAGGCAUAAAGGAGCGAGCUCCCCCGUCGCAGCGGCCUGGCGCAGGACAGUCGUCGGUCUUGGAGGCUGCCGAGCAUCGCGAGACGGCACGAGAAGCUGUGCGGAAAUCUCUGGUCAUGCUCAAGAAUGGUGCCAAAGGAGCGACAGGCAAACCUAUACCUCUGUCCACGACGGGCAAGUAUCUUGUCGCUGGGAGGUGUGCAGACAAUAUCGGCCUGCAGAAUGGGGGAUGGACGAAAGACUGGUAAGUGCGUGGCCCUUAACAUCAUCACACACAGCUCUCUAUGGGCCAUUCGGCCGGCUAAUCAGUCCUACACUCAUCGCUCUCAUAGGCAAGGCAGUGCCAGCUACCCGAACCACCUUUUCGGGAGCAAGAGUGAAUCGAUCUACGAAGGCAUCAAGAAGGCUACGGAGAGGGGCGGGUCGGCAACCCUGUACCAGAGCGAUGGAGAAAUUCCAGACCUCAGCAGCUACGAUGGCGUCAUCUUCUGCACGGGAGAAGACCCAUAUGCAGGCAACAGAACAAACACCUUCGCAUGAAUCGUGCUUAUGGUUCCCAUCAUAUUUGCUAAUGCCAACCAGAGUAUUUUGGUGACCGUCAGUGGCCGGCUUCCAUGCAUUUUACUGAGACGCAGCUCCUCAAUAAGGUCCGGAGUAAGUACCCGUCUUUGACCAUCGUGACCAUCUUGUGCUCGGGCCGCCCGCUCUACAUGAAUGAAGAGAUGAAUCUGAGCGAUGCCUUCAUCGCGGCGUGGCUACCUGGGACACAAGGUGGCGGGGUGGCAGACGUGCUCUUCGGGAAGAGCGACUUUGUGGGCAAGUUGUCAUUUCAGUGGGCGCUGAAUCCCUGCAUGACCAUGCAGUACAACGGCACCCAUGGUGACGACCCGCUCUUCAGCAACAUGAUGCUGCCAAUCGGGUACGGGCUGGCGUACUCCGAUGACUCGCUGAUGCCAACCCUCAAAGUUGACCACUUGCAAGUAAGACGGACGGAAAGUGCACACAAAUUCACAUAUCCGACUUCUGUACCCUGGCUGUGUGCGACCAGUGCGGUCAGGAAAGAAGGCAGGAUACACCAAAUCUCGCCAGGGCCGCAGACAGUCCGAAAGGCCCUUUCAGCAUUCAUUGA